CUGUUAUUGGCUGUGAGGACAAACUGACUCCAAUUCGCUGUUUUUUUAGAGGAGGCGGUGCGAUAGAAAACAAAAACACGCAGGAGUCGAGCCCCAAAAUGUCCCGGAACCCCUCAGCUCCGCCUGUGUGCGCGGAGCCAAAAUGGCCGCCGCGCAGCUCAGUUGCAGCGCUCGUUUUGUGUGGCUGGCUCGGCCCCCGGUGGGCGGGGCCGCUGCGGGGCUACAGUCACAUGAUCCGCGCGGAGCCAGGCCGACCAAUUCCAAUAUGGUGGCCAGCUUGGCAGGUCUACGGUUCCUGUUGAUGAUAUUGUUGUUCUGCGGGAUCAGAUACGGCGCCUGCAGCCAGGAAGCUCCGCAGGUCCUCGGGCUGCGACUGGAAGACCCGGCGGGUCUGGUGUGCAUGAAGGAUCGGAUCAUCUCGGCGCCGGAAGGAGCCACGUUCAAGCUCCGUCUCUUUGGGACUGAUCUGGAUCUGAAUGGAAGCCUGCCGUCGGUGGCGUUCGCAGGGGCAGCUGGUGGAGCUGCCGGGGCGGUCGGGGAUGCGCCCGACCCGUGCGGGACGGAGUCCCGCCGUGUCGAGUCCGCGUUCCAGGUGACGGGGAGCUUCACCAAGGACGAGGACCACGGCGGGCUGAUCACGGUGGAGGUCCGGCCGACCAGCAAACCUGACGGCGGGGAGCAGAGCUACCACCACCUGUGUGUGCUGAGCGGGGGGACGUGGGUGUCCGUGGGCCCGGACAGACUGCGGGUCGACACCGACGCGGCUCUGCCCGCAGACCACAUCCCGCCGUGGGGUCUGGCGGUGCUGGUGGUGCUGCUGCUGCUGGUGUGCGCCCUGCUGCGGACUGUGAACCUGAGCCUGCUGUGGCUGGACCCCGUGGAGCUGUACGUCCUCCACAGCUGCGGGUCCGAGGAGGAGAAGCGGGCCGCCAAGCGCCUGGAGCCGAUCCGGAGGAGGGGGAACUUCCUGACCUGCUCCCUGCUGUUCCUGUGUGCGGUGGGACACUCGGUCCUCGGGGUGCUCCUGUACCGGGCUCUGGGCUCCAUCGUCUCCGCCGUCUUCACCAGCGGCUUCCUCAUCUUCUUCCUGGCGGAGCUGGCUCCUCACAUCCUCUGCUCCGGGUACGGGUUUCAGCUGGCUCCGGGUCUGACCUGGCUGGCCCAGGUCUGCAUGGUGCUCACCUGCCCCCUGUCCUGCCCUCUGGGGCUGAUCCUGGACCUGGCUCUGAGGAGGGACAUCAGCACCUGCGGGAUAAGAGAGAGGGCGAUGGAGAUGAUCCGCACCAGCGUCAACGAUCCCUACAGUGAGUUUGUGAAGGAGGAGUUCAGCCGAGGGAUGCUGCGCAGUAAGACGGUGGAGGACAUCCUGACCCCCCUGAAGGACUGCUUCAUGCUGCCCAGCUCCGCCGUCCUGGACUUCUCCACCAUGUCUGAGAUCAUGCAGAGCGGAUACACCCGGGUGCCCAUCUACGAGGAGGAGAGGUCCAACAUCGUGGAGAUCCUCUACGUGAAGGACCUGGCUCUGGUGGACCCGGACGACUGCACCCCCAUGACGACCAUCACCAAGUUCUACAACCACCCGCUGCACUUUGUCUUCAACGACACCAAGCUGGACGCCAUGUUGGAGGAGUUCAAGAAAGGUAACUCUCACAUGGCCAUCGUCCAGAAGGUGAACAACGAGGGGGAGGGGGAUCCUUUCUACGAGGUGCUGGGGUUGGUCACCUUAGAGGACGUCAUCGAGGAGAUCAUCAAGUCAGAGAUCCUGGAUGAAUCCGAUGGCUACUUGGACAGGAAGGUGAAGCGUCCCCUCGCUCCGCUGGAGAUCCCGCUGGAGCCUCGCAGCGUCCACGAGGAGUUUUCUCUUUUCAAGCCUCCCGAAGGAGAACCCAAGAUCAGAACCUCGCCACAGCUCCUGCUGGCCACACACCGCUUCCUGUCCAGAGAGGUGGAGCACUUCAGCCCCGGACGCGUCUCCGAGAAGGUGUUGUUCCACCUGCUCCGUCACCCGAGCGUCAACCAGGAAGUGCACUUUGACUCCAACAACCGUCUGAGCGCGGGUCACUACCUGUACACACGGAACCACCCGGUGGACUAUUUCAUCCUGCUGCUGCAGGGUCGUGUGGAGGUGGAGAUCGGUAAAGAGGGGCUGAAGUUUGAGAACGGGGCGUUCACGUACUACGGCGUGUCGGCUCUAACGCUGCCAUCUUCAGUGCACCAGUCUCCAGUGUCGUCCCAGCGUCACUCCCCCAGGGAUCCCUUUGAGUCAGCAGAAGCUACGAGCCCGUCCAGCUAUUGUCCCGACUACACCGUCCGAGCGCUCACUGACCUGCAGCUCAUACGGGUGACCCGUCUCCAGUAUCUGAACGCUCUCAUGGCGUCGCGGGUCGCUCAGAGUCCAGAUCCUCCUGAGAUCAAGAUCCUGCCCAACAGUCAGACCAAGCUGCUCAACGACAGAAACACCACACAAGGUUGCAGUAGUACCCAGGAGAGCUCCACAGAAGAGGAGGCUCAUGGGUAGUGCGGUUUCUGUCCCGCCCGCUGUGAAAGACCUGCUCCAACCAAGUUUUUUUAGUUUUGUUUCUUUGUGUUUUUCUUGAUGAAUCAUCUAUGGCUGGAACGUAGUUACUGGACGAGACUGGAGCGAGUGAUUUUGAGUGUCUGUAUGUCGAUCCACACACCUCCAUCCUCCAUUCCUGUAUGUGCUUUUCAUUGAAAUUAUUAUUUUAUGUUGUUUUAUACACUCUGGACUAUAUGUGUGUAUAUAUAUUAUAUAUAUAAAUACAUUUUAUUUUAAGUUGGCGGUGCCUUUCUUCCAGGUUUAGCCUUUCGUACUAUACUCUGCAUUGCCAUUCAUCACUUUGCCUGUCUGGGUGCCAAAGCAAAGCUACGUGUGUGUGUCUGUGUGUGUGUGUGUGUGUGUGUGUGUGUGUGUGUGUGUACCGAAGCAUCCGUCCGUUUGAGACACUAAAAACAAACGAGCUGGUUAAAAGCAGGUUUGCACAUUAAAUUAGUGCACUGUUGAUCGUGCGUCCACUUUAUUUCACCCUCACGCGACAGUCGAAGUGUUUGUGUUGCCAAAAAAAAAAAAAAAAGGAUAAUUUUAGCUCUGACCUUUCAACGCCUGAUGGUUAGUUUUACUUUAAGUAUUCAAGUUAGAAACUGAGGCUUGUAACCAAAGUAACAAAUUAACACUGACAGAUAGUUUUUUAAUAUUAAGGUAAGAGAAGCUCAAAAAUGCCUCCAGAUGAACCUCAGAGCGAUUUUAAAGUCGAGCUUAAACAAUUAUCAACAAUCGAGAUGCUGCAGUUUGUUUGAAGUGAUAAUAAACUGAUAUAUUUGGGUUUUGUCCGACAAAAUAAGUCCCUUUUAAAAAUGAAUUCUUGAGCAUUUUCUUCCUAUUUUUGACAUUUUAUUUAUUGAAUGCUUCAUAGAGAAAAUUAUCAUCAGAUUGAUGAAAACAAUCGUAACUUCAUUAAUCUGUUUAACCAACUGAAUGUGCAUUUACUUCCGAAAGUACGAAAAAAGUAUAAAAUGUUUGGUCAGAUUCAUAAUCUAGUUUUUCUAAAAGUCUAAAUUCUAAAAAAAAAUAUUUAAGAUUAUUUUCUUGUAAGAAAUUGCCACGUUCUUGUUCACCGCUUGUGUUCUGACAAUAUUAAAGAAGAGAAGACGAGCGAUUUGAUUCAUUCAGACGCGUGUCAAAGACUUUUUCCACUAGUUUAUAUUUAACAGACAAAACUUUUCAUGACGAAAAUAAUCCUGAGAUUCAUCCACCCGUCAGCUGUGAACACAUUUCAUACAAAAAAUAAGUAAUUGUUGGUUACAAAAAACAGCUGAUCAGUCCUUUAUAGUCUGUGGUGUUUCAUCAAACCAACAGAAGGAAUCGGAGCAUCUGUUGGGGGACUAUUUUCAGCAGGGGAUUAAUCUGCAUUUGGUGCAGCAGGAUGGUGUGUGUGUGUGUGUGUGUGUGUGUGUGUGUGUGUGUGUGUGUGUGUGUGUGUGUGUUCAUGGUGAUAAAGGAACAACAGUGUGACUCAUUUGUGUUUUUAAAAAAAAAAUAAAUUAAGAUAAAUCAGGCUAAAACUACAUUCAGUGUUCUCAGCGAUGCACUUUGACGUUUGAUGAGCGUGUCGUCCAGCAGGUGGCGCUGUGAGUCUGACACCUGCACUGACCUCAGUGUCAAGUUAAAACCCUGGAACUGGAAGUCAGAUUAACAGUAACACGGCGCACGUCGUCACGUUCGCCCUGCAGAUUAACACUUAAUUGGCCCAGGAGCUUCUCGUCCGUUAUCCCGUCUGCGUUAUUUCAUACAUCUGAGUCUUGUUAACAUUCCAGUACGUGUUCACAUCCGUCUGUCUAUGAGUGUGUGUGUGUGUGUGUGUGUGUGUGUGUGAGAUGCAGUAUUUAACUAGUUCAUGUCAGCGAGCAUCCAGUUCCUCUCUGCAACUCCUGUAUGUCGAUAACCAAACAUGCAUUGUAAGCAUCCGUCAGUCACUGUUGCAUGUGUGUAAACAUGUGGAAUAUGUCAGAACCGGCCCGUUAACGACCCGCUCCUUGUGUUCUCUGUAUGUGUACAUUAAUAUAUUAACGACGAGGAGGGAAAUGUGGAGGCCGACUCCGAACGAGCCGCUCAGCAGGACGGACUAAAUCAGUGUUGUAACGGAUUCUAUCAAGUAUUUUAGCGCCAGUACUCACCGGCCCAGUUGUGCUGUGAGGAAGUUCUGCAGUCAUUCCUCCGGUCCACACGGGCCACGCUGCGACUACACUGUAAAAAAUGGAGGACAAAACAAUCAUCGUCAUACGGGCAUGGCAUAUUAAUGGGCAUUUGGUGUUAUGUCUUAAUUUUAAGCUUUUUGUGUUUCAUUUAACGACGUCCUCAUUUUUUAGUUUUAGUUUCAGCUGCCAUGCAGGAAAAGAUGACGUCAGGUGACCUUCAUUGUCAUGGCAACAAUAAUUAACGUUUAGGCGACAAGUCUGCUUGGUUAGGUUUAGAUGAGGACUUUUUAUUUUUAUUUUCUGGUUAUCUAUUUUCUAAGUCUGAUUUGAAUUGUUUUCUGACUCGAAAACUGGUGGGGUAAAAAAAUCUUGGCUUGUUUUUUUUCUGUUUCCCAAUCUGCAGAGAGAAAAGUAUAGUUUCCCCGGGAGAAAAUUAAUACUUUCGUGUGCUUAACAAAGCGCAAACUUUUUUUUUUUUUCUCCUAGGAGAAUUAAGUUUUAAUGAUGUACAUUUUUUUAAUGAUGAGACAUUUUAUUUUCCCCAGGAGAAUUUUUUUUCAUGAGUGGCCAAAAAAAUUCCCCUGGGGAGAAACGAGACACACACAAACAAAAAAAUUUUUUUUUCAACAUUUUUUUCCAUCAUUUCUUUCACGCAUGAAAAAAUAUUCCCCUGGAAAUAAAAUGGGUUCACCAGCUCUUGAGUCAUAAACACAGUGAAGAUCAAGUCAGAUCAGACUUAGAAAAUGUGUCAUCAGAAAAAAAAACUUUCCUCACUGGCCUCUCAGGGCUUCCAUAGACAACAGACUUCAACAAAAGUCAAGUAUUAAAGUAUUUACCAGGACGAAUCCCUCCGCUGUGGCUCAGCAUGUAAACACAAAUUGUUUACAAUUAUAAUUCACAGUAAUUUUUUUUUUUUUACGAAUUUUAUGUCAUAGAAUGAAACAUCCCAAGAUCCAUUUAAAAAUAAAAAACAGUCUUCGAGACAAGUGAACCUAAAGUACAAAUAUGCAAAGUCAUUUUCAUGUUUUUGGACUCAUUCUUGCAGAUCUGUAUUAAAACAACUGUAAGAGAUUUAAAUUCAUAAAACAAAUAUUAAGUCAACAGACAUUCUGUGUGUCAGGUUGCCCAUACCUGAGAACUUCUGUCCACAUCACAUUUGUAUUCAAAUCAUCAGCGUUCAUUCUGAUAGUAUUUUUCUGAGAAUGUUGGAUAGUGUGAUCUUCUUUCGUCAAGUGUUUUAGACUUGUGACACACAGAAAAACAAACUUUACUCAUGAUUUUCCUUCGCCGCUCUCUCUAACCCUCGUCACUGUUCCUGAGCUCUGAUUAAUCCAUAAUUAGGGACGGUGAUUGUCCAAAGACGACUAAAUGCUGAGAGACUCCCUCACGAUUCACCUCCAAUUAACAUCGGCCGGACUUUGCACAAAACAAGAAAAACUGUGAAUUUUGUCCUCGAUUUCUUACAGUGUAGUGUGCUGGCGCCUGACAGCCGGUAUGAAGAGAGGAAUAAUGACUCUCUCAGCUUACAGACAGUGUCACAUGUGAGUAUUGUUUGAAGAAACACUUGAAAGAAUCUGAACCUCGCAGCAGCAGCAGCAGAGUCGGCUCUUCACCAGCUGUAUUACGUUCGCACCCGUUGUGUCUCUUUGCAUUUUGAUUCCUUCAGUGUUUUCACUCUCGAGCAUUUCUGCCAUAUUCCAGGAGAUAUUUUGAACUGUGUGAUUCUGAGUAAAUAUUUUUUUCAGCUGUUUACUUUUAUUUUGUUUCGUUCGUAUAUGGUAUCAGAAGACUGAAUGUAAAAAAAAAAACAAAACAAAACAAAAAGGAUAAUCAUUACUUUGUGCUUCUUAUACUGAUUGAGAGAAACAGUGGGAGGGUGUUGAUGAUGUGUGUUAAUAUAUGACCGCUUAAGUAGAAUAUCGUUUGAGGACGUAGUUUUUUAGGUAGUAAGUCUCAAUUUUCAGGUACAACACUGUUACUACAAGAGUUGAAUUUAACAGUUUAACCGAUUCCUCUUCCUGUCCAGGUUACAUUUGUAUACAACUUCUCAAUUUUAUUAUUGUUAUUUUUUUUUUUUUGGUUUUGGGAAUGCUGCCAGUUUUUGGGUGCAUUAUUGAGACGCCAUUGCAUUUAACACUUUCAAUAAUCAUGUUUCUUAGGAAAUAAAACGCAAUCCUGUUCUAAA